CAAGGUGUGUAUUUGCCCUCCGUCUCAAAAAUCACUUUGGGUUUUGUUCGCGUGGGAAAUAGAGGGCCUUCUUCUCCGGCAAUAGAGGGUCUUCUUCUCCGGCCACCUCCCACAAUCUGGCUAGAGAGAGGCCAGCAUCUCUUGUUCAUGUUUGGGAUCCGGUUGUCCUAAUUGACGAAGAUUCUCUUUCACUCUGGCCGCUGCAACAAAGUUAAACUCUUCUCGCACCUCUAAGUGGGUGUGGGGUAGUGAUGACGGAGUGAUUUUGCUUUAUGUUUUGCGGAGAUCAAGGUCAUCACACAUCUGGAGAUUGUGCCGUGUUUCAGAGGGCUUGUCUGUUGACUAUGGCUAAGGUCACCAUUGGCUAAGUCAUAGGAAGCUUGAUCAUAGUUUGUGACUGAAUCCUAGCAAAAGUAGAUUAUUUCAGGCUUCUGGACAUCAAGGAGAAGAAUAGUUAGUUAUCAAUAGCUUUAUGUAACAAAAAAAGGUCAUGUGAGUGAAGCUUUGGUCGGCAUACCAUAAUGGUUAGGUUUUCAUGCUUCCAUGUUAACAAUCACACCCACAAGUCAAAGAAAGCAGUUCAGCCAUCUGUUGAAGCCAUUUACAAGAAGUUGCAAGAUUCUUCCCAGAUUCAAGCCCUUACUCAUUCUGCUAAAUCUAUGAGCUUAGACUCAUUAUCUUUGAACAUGCACAGAGAUUCUGAAAUCAAUGACAAUGCGAAGCAUGUUACAAGUUCUGAGCGUUGCUGGAAAUCUGAAGAAAUGAAUGGAAAACUUAAUAGUGAGAGUGGUAUAGAGGUUCAUCAGACUGGGCAUCUUAAGAAAAGUCAGUCUCUAGGAAGUGGAUUGGACCGGGUCUCUGGUGGCAUUGACACUGAGGAUGAGACGGAUCGAGGUUAUUCUUGUGACGAUUCUCAUGGCCACAAUGGUUUGGUUAUCCCAGUUGGCAGGAAGGAUCCAGGAAUAAGCCCAACUAAUAAUGAAUCAAUUUUCUCGAUUGAGGAUUCCCAGCAUCUAGAAAAAGUUGAAAAUGAAAAUUCCGAUACCCAGGUGUCUGGUGUGUGUGCCAUUGGCUCUGGAGACCAUACACCUCGUAACCCACCAGUGAUGGUCAAAUCAUGUUCUUUGCCCAACAUUGGUGCUCAUAUACCCACUUCUGAAGGAUACUCCCCUACAUACUUAAUUCCACACUCUAGAUCUUCAGAGGACCUCAUUGUCCUAGAUAUGGGGCAGAAAGAAUUAGUUCAUGAUGUUGAAAUCCAGGCAAUAAGGGAUGAAGAAAGAGAUGAUAAUGUAUUUAAAACUGAGAAGAAUAUUUGUGAAAAUCCUGUGGAGGAUGGUUGCGAUUUCUAUGGUUAUGUUAAUUCAGCAAAAGACUGGAUAAUGCCGGCUGUUGAUGAGGAAAACAUGGAGAAAAGCAUUCAAGGUGAAUCCUCAUUCAGCCAGUGGGAUGAUUUGCCUAAUAAGGAAUUCACAAUCAAGCGUAUCAGGGAAUGGGUUACUGAUCUUCAGCAUUUCAGCCCUUUGGAAGAAACAAAUGAAUUACCCGAUUGAUCGCAAGGUAAUAAAGGUUCCAGUAGUUUGACUGCUGCAAAAUUGGAUGAAAAGUUUACUCCUGGCAUGGAAGCAGCAAAAAGAUAUAUCUCUUCUUUGACCGCCACAGCUACCACAGCUCAGCUAGCAAAUCACGGGUUGGUUGUGAUCCCAUUCCUUAGUGCUUUCGUGAGCUUGAAGGUGCUUAAUUUGUCAGGAAACGCCAUAGUGAGGAUAACUGCUGGUUCACUUCCUAGAGGUCUUCAUAUGCUGAAUCUUUCUAAAAACAAAAUCACCAUGAUUGAAGGUUUGCGUGAAUUGACUCGACUUCGCAUACUGGAUCUGAGCUACAACCGUAUAUUCAGAAUUGCACAUGGUCUUGCUUCUUGUUCCUCUCUAAAGGAGUUAUACCUAGCUGGAAACAAAAUUAGUGAGGUGGAAGGUCUUCAUCGUCUCCUGAAACUGAACAUACUGGAUCUGCGCUACAACAAAAUCUCCACAGCCAAAUGCCUUGGCCAACUUGCAGCUAACUACAAUUCCUUGCAAGCCAUCAGCUUGGAAGGAAACCCAGCCCAGAAAAAUGUAGGAGAUGAACAACUAAAGAAAUGUCUACAAGGCCUUCUUCCACAUCUGGCAUACUAUAAUCGGCAGACUAUUAAAGUCAGCACUCUGAAGGAUACAGCAGACCGAUCAGUUCGAUUAGGCAUGAGCGCCCACCAGUUUGAUCGUGGCCUUAGAUCAGAACAUAAGUCUGUGCGGAAGGGUAGCCAUGGUGUAGCUUCUAACAAGCCUUCAUCUUCAGCAACACAUGGCCGUAAAGCAGCAGUUUCUCCAAAACGGUCCAAGAACAGGCAUGUGCGCCUGCCUCCACCACCAACUGGAACAAAAGCAACAGCCCAUCAGCGGCCUCAUCAUCUUGAUUUUGCCAACCAUUUUCUGGGCUUUAAGCCAGAUUCCUUCAUGCGAAGGAGCCGAAGUGAGGGGACUCUAGGAGCUCUCUGAGCCCAGUUCUCAUGCCAUACAGUCUGAUAACUCUCUGGAUUCUGGUUUAUGUGGGUUUUCUAUCAGCACUAUUUAUCCUUUUUUAGAUACUUAAUGUGGGAGUGUGGUUUGUUGGAGUCAUUUUAGUUUUUUAUAGUUGCAUUAGAUUUGCAGACACUGCAUGAACCAUGGGCAGUAUCCUCGGCCCUGUUUGCUAAUGUCUUAUCUGGUGAUUAUGAUUCGAGUUUCAUGAGUUUUCAGAUUCAGAAUUAAGUCUUUAAA